AUGUCGAUUUACAGGAUUUUAACGGUCGGCUUGCUUCAGGCAGGCCUGGCCGUUGCGCUUCGGUAUGCGGACAACCAGGUAAAGGUGGUCAAGGAUAGUGAUGCCGCCUCGGCUCAUUUCAAAAGCCUCGAUGAGAUUGAGCUUUACUCUCCCGCUUUCGUUACGCCAAGCUCUGUUCCAGCUCAAUUUGAAAACGGUGUGAGUGGGCCAACUAAUGGUGCCACUAUGGACUACUUCCUUCGCACCCUCGCAGAGAGGAAUGAUUGGAUGACAUACCACGACCCUGACUUCAAGUCCGAGGAAGGUCGCUCAAUCCCAUAUGCUUUCCUGUCAACUUCCACCAAGCCAGAGUCGGCCAAUUCUACCGCGCCGAAAAAGGUUCGCGUGUGGAUGCAAGGUGGCGUCCAUGGAAACGAGCCGGCUGGUGACCAAGCUCUUCUUGCGUUGCUGGGAAAGCUCGAUGCCAACGCUACCUGGGCGACGUCAUUGCUCGAGAAGCUUGACAUCCUGAUGCUACCGAGAUACAAUCCUGAUGGAGUGGCGUACUUCCAGCGGUAUCUCGCCACAAAUCUAGAUCCCAAUCGAGACCACACCAAACUUGCGUCGCAACAGACGCGAGAUAUCAAGGAGCUAGUGAUGGGAUUUGCCCCACACGUCGGUAUUGACUGUCACGAAUACAGUGCCAAUCGAGCGUAUGGCGAAGAUAGUAAAUUGGCUGCUAUGGAAAGCCGUGGAUUGCGCUGGGCUCCUUACGUCGUUGGAACCCCUAGUGUUUCUCCUGUUGUCUUUACGGAGACUGGGAGCGAGGCACGGAUCGGUGAUACGUCUGUCGCUCUCAACCAGGCCGUCAUGUUUCUGACAGAGACUCGAGGCAUCAUGUUGGCGGACCAGCACUUCCAACGACGCGUCGCUACCGGGCUGACAAUGGUGGAGACUAUUGUUCAGACGGCAGCUGACCUCGCCGAGGACGUAUACGACAUUGUUGAAGGCGCUCGUGCUAAGUUUAUCUCCAGCGAUGAUGAUAUCGUCAUUACCGACUACGCACGAUCUACCAACAUCACGUGGAAUUUUCUCGACCUAGAUUCUAACAAAUUGGUUGAUCUUCCAAUCGAGUUCUUCAACACCACGCCCAUGGUAGCCAACCUCACCCGCGCUCGGCCUGAAGCUUACCUUAUCCCCCGCGCAUGGUCAGGCGUUGUCUCUCGGCUGGAGGCGGCUGGUGUUGAGGUGGAGAGACUCAAGUCUGAGUUUCGUGGCGAGGUCGAAGCGCUGAACAUCGCAGGCUCAAUCUUGGCAGCUACUGGCUAUGAGGGUGUGGCUCUGAAUACGGUUACAACGGAGACCAUCCUGAAGACAGUCAGAAUGCCGGCAGGAAGCUUCUGGGUUAGCACAAGGCAGAAGAAUGCCGCCCAUGCCUUUGUCACGCUUGAGCCCGAGGGAGUUGAUUCAUAUGCGUCGUUCGCUGUAAUACCCGUUAGUACUGGCGAUGAGUAUCCGGUGUACCGGGUCAUGGAUUGA